AAUAUUUUAUGACGUAACCUAAUUGUUGACGUCAAAUAAGACGUUUCAUUAUGACAUCGUUGUCUUAGUUGCAGUUUAUAUCGAAUCUUUGUACAACACGGAAUAAAAUGUUCACAAUAUUUGACCAGAGAAAUGUAUUUACAUCUAUGGGAUACGUGCGUGAUCGUGGACCAGUGAUACAAACAACAAUCCACGAUAGGAAAUUAUUUAAGUACGGAGGUAUAUGGUACGAGGCGAUGCCAACAUUUUCUACGAGGACUUCGUACACACAACCCCCUCAAAACAACAACUUUCCAUCACAAAACAGUUCAUCAACUGUAUGGCAUCGAUUAGUGCAGCAGGCCCAUUUAAAUUAUAAAGAUCAGCAGAAACAAGAAAAACUGGCGGCGGGAAGCGAAGAACAUGAACGAGUACAAAGAGAGGCAGAGACGAUUGCUCAAAGUGAUGCUUUAUGGAAUGAAUUAAACAACGGUACCGAAGGACAUGUGGACGAAGAGUUUAAUACUGAAGGAUGUGUGUACGAAGAGGAAGAAGAGCCUGACUUUUGGAAGUUUAUGAAACGACUAGGAAAAGAAACGGACGACGCAAUACAGCUGAUAAUGGAACAGGAGGAGAAUUAUUUUGUAGCUCGAUUUGAUUUUCAUUGAUUGUUAUUUGUAAAUUUUUUGAAUUGUUAUUUUUCUUGUUUUAUUUCAUUUUUCAAAUUUAUAACUGUUAAUUUCCGUGGAAAAAAAACACCCACAAUAAAAUGGUACUUUUUCAAAACUUUAUUUCAGUGUUGU